AUGUCUGAUCAGGGGAGGUUAGAGGAGUUUCGGAAUAGCAAUAAGAUUGUGUUCGAGCCGAACACGAGGCAGGUAUGGGAGGGCCAGACUGGAGGUGCCGGCGGUGAUGCUGCCGCAGAUGUGAACGGCGACUUUGAGUCCAAGAGUAAAAUGGAGGAUGGGGAGGAGGGUGCGGCUGUGCUGCGGCAAGACGCAGCGGACGACGAUACGGACGGUGCGUCGACUUCUGGGAUUGUUCCAACGCUUCAGAAUAUAGUCGCAACUGUAAAUCUCGGGUGCAGGCUGGACCUGAAGACGGUGGCGCUGCAUGCGCGUAAUGCAGAAUACAAUCCAAGGCGGUUUGCUGCCGUAAUUAUGCGUAUCAGGGAACCCAAGACCACGGCACUGAUUUUUGCAUCCGGGAAGAUGGUUGUGACGGGUGCCAAAAGUGAGGACGACUCCAAACUGGCGAGCAGAAAGUAUGCGCGGAUUAUCCAGAAGAUUGGGUUUGCUGCGAAAUUCACAGAUUUUAAGAUACAGAAUAUCGUUGGGUCCUGUGACGUUAAAUUUCCUAUUCGUUUAGAAGGUUUGGCGUUCAGUCACGGUACUUUUUCGUCGUACGAACCAGAACUGUUCCCUGGGCUUAUUUAUAGAAUGGUGAAGCCGAAGAUCGUCCUGCUAAUCUUCGUUUCAGGAAAGAUUGUGCUCACGGGUGCGAAGCAAAGGGAGGAGAUUUACCAGGCAUUUGAGGCCAUCUACCCUGUGCUCAGCGAGUUUAGGAAAAUGUGA